UUUGAUAUAAUUUUUUGUAUGCCUUUUUAAUUUUGAAGUUCAAUUAUUUAUAUGCGAGAUCAUAAUAUUUACAUCUAUAAAUCUUACUAUCGAAUAUAAAACUAGUGUGAGGUAGAAUCGUAAGAUUCUCACACCUACCUGCUCUUAGAAAGUACUAAUAUUAUCUAAUAACAAAAUAUGAUGGCUCUUAACCGUAUUCCUAAUUAUUGAUACCUACUUUAGUUUCAUUAGAUAUUAUAAUUAGUUUUGACAUUUCAAGUUUAAUAUGGGAUAUAGCAGAAAUCCAAUAAAUACAAUGAGAGAUCGACGAAGGGAUCGAGGUCGGCGUAGCCGUAGCCCAAUGCGUAGACGAGGUGGUGGUGGUCGAGGUGGAAGAAGUGAUCCUGGCUCAAAUUUACGGAAACCAAAAUGGGAUAUGAAAAAAUUAGAACCAUUUAAAAAAGAUUUUUAUGUUCCCAACGAAGCUGUUAAUAAUAGGUCCAAGGCUGACGUAGAAAAAUAUCAAGAAGAAAAAGAAAUAACCCUAGUAGGUGAAAAUAUUCCAAAACCAAUAUUCAAAUUUGAAGAAAGUGGAUUUCCUGAAAUUAUUCUUAAAGAAUUAAGGAAGCAAAGUUUUGUUGAACCAACUGCCAUCCAAGCCCAGGGUUGGCCAAUUGCAUUGUCUGGAAAAAAUUUGGUCGGUAUAGCAUCAACUGGUUCUGGGAAGACUUUAUCGUAUAUUAUACCAGCUUUAAUACAUAUUUCACACCAACGUAAAUUGUCUCGUGGCGAUGGUCCAAUUGUGUUAGUUUUGUCUCCCACACGGGAACUUGCCCAACAAAUACAAAGUGUCUGUGACGAUUUUGGGGACGCUUUUGGUGUUAGCAGUACAUGUCUGUUUGGUGGGGCUCCAAAAAGUGGACAAGCAGCUGAUUUAAGCCGUGGAGUCGAACUGAUCAUAGCUACACCAGGACGUUUGUUAGAUUUCCUAGAACAAGAACGUACAAAUAUGUGUCGAUGCACAUAUCUUGUGUUGGACGAGGCCGAUAGAAUGUUAGACAUGGGUUUUGAACCACAAAUAAGAAAAAUUAUUGACCAGAUUAGACCUGAUAGACAAGUGUUAAUGUGGUCGGCAACAUGGCCCAAGGAAGUAAGAAAUUUAGCAGAAGAAUUUUUAGAUGAUUAUAUACAAAUAAAUAUUGGCUCAUUAACAUUGGCAGCUAAUCACAAUAUUCAACAAAUAGUAGAAGUGUGUCAAGAGUAUGAUAAAGAAUCAAAAUUAAUAACUCUCUUGAAGAAAAUAAUGGACGAAGAUGAAAAUAAAACAAUAAUUUUUAUUGAAACCAAACGACGUGUUGAUGAAAUAACUCGUAAAAUAAAAAGGAAUGGGUAUUCAGCUGUUUGUAUUCACGGUGAUAAAUCACAAUAUGAAAGGGAUAAUGUUUUGAAAGAUUUCAGAGAUAGUCGAUAUCCAAUAUUAGUUGCUACAGAUGUUGCUGCCCGAGGACUUGAUGUAGAAGAUGUAAAAUUUGUGAUCAACUUUGAUUACCCAAAUAAUUCUGAAGACUAUGUACAUCGUAUUGGACGUACAGGCCGUUCUCGUAAGACAGGGACAGCUUAUACUUUUUUCACUCAAUCGAAUGCCAAACAAGCAGCUGAUCUAGUGGCUGUUUUAACUGAAGCUAAUCAGACUAUAAGUCCAAAGUUGAAAGAAAUUGCUGAUAAUUGGCGUUCUAAUGGAGUAUCGGGAAGAGGUGAUAGACGACGUGGUUGGAGAAAUGGUAGAUCAAAGAAAUCAAGAAGUCGAUCUAGAAGUCGUGAUCGCUAUAGACGUAGAUCAAUUACUAGGUCAAGAUCAAGAUCUUACUCCAGAUCUAGGAGUCGUAGUCGUUCCAGAUCUUAUGAUAGACAUCGUAGACAUCGAAGAAGCAGAAGUUCAGACUAAGUAUACCCAUUAGCAACAAAAUAAAUUCUUUUAUAUUUAUAUAUAUAUUUUUUUUAUUAUAUCUAUUAAACUUUGAAGAAACAAUCUACAAACAAAAAAAUACUAGGAUAUUGGUAUAAAUAAUAGUAAAAUAUGUUUUAUCGUUUUAUUUUUUUAUGUGCUUAAAUAUAUGUCUUUAACACGCAUCGACGAAACACAAUUUGACUUAUAAAUGUUAUUAUUAAUAAAGUUUUGUAUUCAACACAUAAUGAAAUCUCUAAAU